UCCCCUGAUGCCCAUAGUUGAUGUGGCACUCGCUGCAUUUAUCCCCACCUCCGCCUCCUCUCGAUUGGUCACGCCUUAGCUUCGCGGUGCAUAUGGGGGCAAAAUGGCUGCUUCCACCUCCCCGCAGACCCAAACAAUAGCGGAAAAGCUGUCUGCUCUCUGCCGCCGGGAGUCCGAUGCACUGCGGACCGGCGAUGACAAGGAAGCAGCCGAUGAAGAGGAUGAGGAGGGUCUGCGACUUUCCUCACUGGAUGCUCUUUGCUCCAGUACUGGAAAAAAGGACAGCCUCUCCCUCAGGGAGGAUGUAGACGGCAAGGUCAAGAAGUGGAAAUGCGAGGUCUGUGACUCUCAGUUCGAGAGCAGACGUGGACUCUCCAUCCACUCUCGCGCUCACUUGCGCCAGCUGGGCUUCACCGUCUCAGAGAGUGGCGGGUCGGCCAUCGAGCUGCUCCACCGGGUAGCCAUGGAGCGCAGCAUAGACGGCAAAAUCAGCUCAUCCCUGCUCUCGCCCAAGAAGCCCUCCCUGCCCGUCUCCCUCAAAGCCGAAGAGAUGGAGGACAUGGAGUUGGACGAGAAACCCAUUCCUCUCUCCAUACUGGCCAAAGCGGCGAAGGCGGUGCCCUCUGGCUCCGCUACGCCCACACCGUCUCCAGGUGCCUCUCCAGCUCCAGCUCAUUCCAGCUCACCUUCCUCAGUAGUGAAGAAAGCCCCCAUUUCAUCUCUACUGCCCGUGUCUUCCCCAUUGCGCUCACAAGAGCACAAAGUUGGGGGGCUGAAAUGCCUGACCUCUAAUCUAUCCGCUGCCUCCGGAACCACAACAUCCAAACCGCUUUGGGCUCCGCAGGAGAACGAUGCUCCUCUCAACCUCACACUGGAUAUGGACUCCGACAAGGACAUCGUUUGUCAGCUGUGCGGCGCCUGGUUUGAGACUCGUAAAGGCCUAUCCAGCCACGCGCGAGCCCACCUGCGACACUUUGGCGUUGAGUACUCAGAGUCCAAAGGCUCUCCUAUUGAACUCCUGAGCCAGCUCAUGGACACAGAUGACUUCAAGCACAAGGCGAGUGUGCUGCAGCUGGACAGUCCCACGGAAACUCAGGACGUGUCCCCAGCGCUUCCCCCUACAAAGCAGUCGCUGCUAACGCUCUCUUCUUCUUCCUCCGCGUCACUCCUCUACAAGGUGACCACAGUUGGGGGUGGGUCCAAAGCUACCUCUUCCUCUUCCUCUGCCUCGUCUCUACCAGGUCCGCCUGCCAAGCGUCUCAAGACCUCUUCCAUGCAGGUCUUCCGCCUCAGCAGCGGGGAGCUGAUGGCCCUUCCACACAAUGAACCUCCAAAGGAAAUAGGAUGUGAGUACUGUGGGGAGUAUUUUGAGAAUCGCAAAGGCCUCUCCAGCCACGCCCGCUCCCACCUGCGCCAAAUGGGGAUUACUGAGUGGUCUGUCAACGGUUCUCCAAUUGACACAUUGCGGGAGAUCAUCACCAGGCGAGGCCUACCCUGCGCCCUUCCUCUCAAGCCUCUCAAGGCUCUCAAAUCCCCCCCACCGUCCUCUCCGGGACCUCCUCGUUCUCCUCUGUCACCUUCCUCGUCUCCACUCCUCAGUCGCCUGCCUUUCGCCUUCGCACGCCCGUCCAGUCCUCCUCAGUCAGUGAUGUCCAAAUCCAGCUCAGCUCCACCGAUGUCUCCGAUCAGCCUGGCUCUCAAGCCAAAGCCGGAGCCAGUGCAGGUGGAGGUCACUGCGCCUGGGUCUGUGGGAAGAGCCGGAGGUUUUCCGGUUGAGCCGCCGAGCUCAAACUGGAGCAAGUCCGACAAAGUUUAUCCCCUUAACCUAGCCAUGGCCCAUGAAGUGGAGCCUACGAGGGACAUUCGAUGCGAGUUCUGUGGGGAAUACUUUGAGAACCGCAAAGGUCUAUCCAGCCACGCGCGCUCCCAUCUGCGGCAAAUGGGYAUCACGGAGUGGUCUGUCAAUGGCUCGCCCAUCGACACCCUUAGGGAAGUCAUGCACAAGCGACGGUCCAGUAGUUCAUCUCGCUUGGACCAAGGAGUGAAGAAAGAGUCAAGGCAAGGAACCAACAGUCCACUGUGGGAAAACGCGGCAGGAGCCCGUGGCUCAGACGGUUUGGGUGUUUCAGGUUACCAGUCCUCCAAGUUUCGUAAGUCUCCUCUCAGUUUGGUGCAGUCCGGGUCAAGGAUGCUCAAGCAGGGCCUCGGCCCCGUGGGUCCAUCUGCCUCCCAACCUGCAGGGAAGUUGUUCCGAUUGUCCCCUCUGGCCAAAAGGCCCAUGUCAGAUAAGACCCAGUCAGCAGAGGCUGUUGCUACACAUGCACAUCGACUUAAGACUUUCCCAUCGCUUCCACACGAUUUCUCCUACAAAAGGAAACCUUCACCAGAAAAGCACGGACACCAGGACCCCAGUUGUGAGCUGUGCGGCUUUUACUUUGAGAAUCGUAAGGCUCUAGCCAGCCAUGCGCGAGCCCACCUGAGACAGUUUGGCGUGACUGAGUGGUCUGUGAACGGGUCGCCUAUCGAGACGCUUAGUGCUUGGAUACGCAGCAGACCACAAAAGGUCCUGGAGAUGCACCGCAACUACAUGCAGGGUAACCGCUCCUCCCUGAAGAAGGUAAGGACCACUCUGUCUUUGUUGGAAAUGCACCGCCAAGGUAGAAUUUAAGGUAUUCAUGCCUGUUUAACUUUAGCUCAUUUGGGAAAUCGUCACCUUCUGAAGUCAUUUUUUGAAAAGUGAUUUUGGCAAAAAAAUAAAUUAAUACAUUUUAAAAAAUCACUUCUAGGAAGGUGACAAUAGGACAACCACAAACUCUGGUGUUUUUGGGGGAUUUUUUGUGAUAAACCAACACAAAGUUUGUUUAAAAUUUGAACUGUGCUUUUUGCAUUUGUAUUCAUCUUACUUUCUUCUGAUACCCUUAAAUCAAAUUUAGUGGAAAUGUUUGCCUUAAUAGUUACUUGAGUUUAGUUUGGUGUAAACUUAUAUCAGUUUACAGUCAUUCAACUCAAGAUCAGAAUAUUUUUUAAAAAUUCAUUUAUUUUUGUGUCAGUACAAUAAGUGAAACAUUCUAUACAUUAAUUACAAAUACUGAUGUUUUCAAGACUUUAUUUCUGGUAAUUAAUAUUUUUGCUUACAUCUGAUGACGUAGAGGUUUACCUCCCAGCAAAACAAGAACCUUAAAAAUACAGCCAGAGCUACAAUUUUCAUUUUAUUUUCAUUAGAGAAUAUUAAUGUGCCAGAAAGACCCACCCAAAUUGAUUUGAGAAUCUGUGGCCAAACUUACAAAUGUCUGUUUACAGGCAGUCUUCAUCAUGUCUCACAAAGGUUAUGAUUCUGCAGAAAGAAUGGACAAAAAACCUCCUUUGUUUAGAGCCGCAGCUGUAUUUUGAAAACUAAUGUACGCAGGUUUUGGAUAUCUUUUCCUUUUGAUACACAUUUAUCUGCGAUGCUGUGUGGUUCUAUCACAUAAAAUCCCAGUAAAAUAAACGUCACAUCCAAUAUUUUCCAUAAGGCUCUCUCGAUGUUCUUUUUAAAUGCAGAUGUGUGGUUUGAUUUUUGAUUAACUUGCUGGUUAAAAAAAAACUAAAAAACUAUCUUCGGUUUAAAAUCCUUGUUUUCUUAGCAGGUGCCCAGGUAAAUACGUAGUAAAAGCCGAUAGCCUGCUGUGCUGUUUCUUCAGUUUUCUCCUUCCAGGGUCUUUAAACAGCCUUCCUGCUUUCAGAUCAGUCAGGCCUCUGCUGGCUACACGACAGACAUUUUGUGUCCUGGAAAGCUGCAGACGUGUUGUCUCGCAGCUCAGAGCUUUACUGUUGAUCCUGUGUCUUUACUCCCUGUAAAAAAAAUCACUGUGGGGACAGAUGCCAGAACGACUCUGCUAUUCACUUGAUAGUUACCAUAGUAACCAGGGUGCCUGGCAGCUUAUGUUUCAUCUUCAGAUAAAUUAUAGCAAGCUGUUGAUGGAAAAAAAUGUGUCGAGUCUUUUUUUUUUCCCCCUCUCCUGUUCUGAAAUUAGUUUCUGGUGCAUUUGCGUCACUCUCUCUCACACCUUUUCUCCAAGCCCUGAUUUGAAACACAUAUGGAGCAGGUCCUACUCUUUAAAUAUCUUUGGGAUUAUAUUGCAAAAGGUUUUUUUUUUUCAACCCAACUAAUAGAUAGGCUGGUGUCAAAACUGCAGCAAUGUUAAACACAUAAAAUAAUCAGAAACCUAUUUUUUAUUGUUGUUAUUGAGGUAACAAUAAAAUGUAAGACUUUAAAAAGGAAUGAACCACAGAGGUAGAGAUGGGUUUUAGAAGUUAUGUUUUUACAGACCAGAUAGCACACAGCCUUGGUGGUGCUUGUGUUCAAGCUGAUUAGAUGUUUCAGGGUGAAGUUGGGUGGGGUUGUGAUGUGAGGAGUGUGAUGCCGUCUGUCUAAUAAUAGGGAUGAUGUGUCCUAGAGAAGCCUCUUCCAUUAGUGAGAUUGCACUAAAACUUGUUUGAGUGCCCUGCAAAAAUAUCCACACCCCUUUCUCUACAUUUUUUGUCACAUUGCAAUGUCAAGUUUAUUUUAUUUUAAAAUAGGACAAGAUGUAUUAAUAAACAUUUACAUGGAAAUAUAUAUGAUUAUAGGCAAGUGACUAAUUUCCAUCGUUUGUCUCAUUGGCAAGUGGAUGUUAACACACAUAAUAAAAAUGUCAAUGUUGACAUUUUUUGAUUUUCCAAGAUCCAGUACUGCAGUAAUCUUUCCUUUAUUUCAUAGGCAUUUUAUUUGUUAGACCAACAUUAUACGCAAUUUUAAGACUUCUUCUUCACAUAAAGAUCUGAAAAUUGAGGCUUGUAUUUGUAUUCGCCCUACCUGAGUCAACACUUUGUAGAACCACCUUUCCACCAGCUUUUGAGCAUCUUGAAACUGAAAUGUUCUUUGCAAAAUAGUCGAGCUCAGUCAGAUUUAACAGGGAACAUCUGUGAACAUCAAAUUAAAGUUUCACCACAGAUUAUCUCAUCUGACCUGUUCCAUCGUAGCUCUGGCUGCAUGCUUAGACUCAUCUAGCAGCUUUUCUUUUAGGCUUGCCCUGUAAUUUAUCUCUAUUUACGUCAAAUUAACUCUAAACCAGCUUCUCUGUCCUGAAUGUAUAAAAGCACCACCACCAUUUUUCAUGCUGGGGAUGGAUUGGUAGGUAGGUGUGCAGUUACUAGCAUGAGUUUCGAUCACCUUUAUUUACACUGAGAUUAAUUUACACAUUGGUUACUUCCAAAGGCUAUUGAAUGCACUAGACUUUAUUUAGGGGUAUCAGAGUAAAGAGGGAUUUUAGUGUACUUCUUUUUGAACCAAAGUUAUUUUUGUAACUUUCCAUUACAAAAAUUUAAAGUUACAAUUAACACUAAAAAAUAAGUU